AUGACUGAACAGACUGAGCAACAGGAUUCCGGUCGAGAUGGCAAAAAUGAGCGUCUCACUCCUUUGCAUGGUGAUCUGUGUUAUCCCUAUUGCGGAGCGGCACCCGUUUUCCCACCGUGGUCUCAGGCAGACUCGUCACCUGUCGCACCGCACUGCAUUCCUCCCUCCUCCAGCACAUCCGGCCCGUCCAGCUCGUCCGGUUCUUCCAGCACUCCUCAGACGUCUUUAUCAUCCGACAACAACCCGAAAGCAAUGGCCAGCAAUUCGUUGGAGAAAUUGUCUAGUCUCGUGCACAAAGUCGGUAAGGUGUCGUCGGUGGAAGAGGUGCGAAGCAAGAUAGGUUCGCAGAACUGUGUAAACUUUCAUGAACUCUGGUGGCGUUGUAUGAAAAAGGAAGAGAACAACGAGUUGAAGAGAAUUCACGAGGCGAAACAGAUAUUCACGUGUCUUCAGUGUCACUAUUCUUUCCAAACUAUGGACCAGUUGGUGAAGCACAUGGAGUCCACUUUGCAUUAUAACAACAUUCCGAAGUAUUACAGGUAA